GUGUGUGUGUGUGUGUGUGUGUGUGUGUGUGUGUGUGUGUGUGUGUGUGUGUGUGUGUGCGUGCGUGUGUGCGUGUGCGUGUGCGUGUGCGUGAGUAUGUGCGCGCGGAACGGAAUAAAUUGAUUCGAUUCACGCGUUGGGAGGAACAACAAAGGGACAUUUUAUCCAGGUGAUUCUUUUACCGGAGUCUUUUCAGUUUAAUCCUUGGGGGAUUUUCACCUGUUUAUAAGGCGAUAUAAAGAAGAUAAUACACCCCAUAUCCACCCACGCGCGCGCGCGCGCACACACACACGCACACACACUCUCUCUCUCUCAUUUGGGUUUUUUGGAUUGGAGACUACAGAGCUGGAGAGGAAGUCUGCGACACACACCUGUAAACGUGUGUCCUUGGUGUGAAAAGCGCUCAAGCUGAUGAUGAUGGCGGCUUCGGCUUCAUCCUCCUCCUCUUCCUCAGCCGCCGAAGUGGAUCAGAGCGCAGAUAAUCUACGACCUCCAGCUUCGGUGUGUGAUGGCUGGUACGGAGUUGCACAUGGCUGCACCCGCAAACUGGGCAUGAAGAUCUGCGGGUUUCUGCAGAAGAACAACAGCUUGGAGGAGAAAAGCAGGAUGGUGGGAUCCUUCAGAGAGAAAGAGCAGAGCCACAACAGGGAGAACCGGGAGAAGGAAUCGCGAUUCACUCACACUGAGACUGACUUCUCCAACCUGUUCGCUCGGGAUUUACUUCCUGCUAAGAAUGGUGAAGAGCCGACGAUGCAGUUUCUCCUCGAGGUCAUGGAGAUUCUCACGAAUUACGUUCGCAAAACUUUCGACAGAUCCACUAAAGUUCUGGACUUCCACCAUCCACACCAGCUCCUGGAGGGCAUCGAGGGUUUCAACCUGGAGCUCUGUGACCAGCCCGAGUCACUCGAGCAGAUCCUUGUGGACUGCAGGGACACACUCAAGUACGGGGUUCGCACAGGUCACCCGAGAUUUUUCAAUCAGCUCUCCACAGGUCUGGACAUCAUCGGCCUGGCAGGAGAAUGGUUAACCUCUACUGCUAACACCAACAUGUUCACCUACGAGAUUGCGCCUGUGUUUGUGCUGAUGGAGCAGCUGACGCUGAAGAAGAUGAGGGAGAUUAUCGGCUGGCCGAACGGAGAAGGAGACGGACUUUUCUCGCCGGGUGGUGCCAUAUCGAACAUGUACAGUGUGAUGAUCGCCCGCUAUAAGUAUUUCCCCGAGGUCAAAACCAAAGGCAUGUCGGCUGCACCGCGUCUCAUUCUGUUUACAUCAGAACACAGUCACUAUUCGAUUGCCAAAGCUGGAGCUGCUCUGGGUUUCGGUAAAGAAAACGUCAUCCUGCUCAGCACCGACGAAAGGGGUCGAGUCAUACCUGCAGACCUGGAGGCUAAAAUCAUCAACGCCAAACAGAAGGGUUAUGUUCCACUCUUUGUGAACGCAACAGCCGGUACUACAGUGUACGGAGCGUUCGACCCCAUCAACGACAUCGCAGACAUCUGUGAGAAAUACAACAUUUGGCUUCAUGUAGAUGGAGCGUGGGGUGGCAGUCUGCUGAUGUCGAGGAAGCAUCGGCAUAAGCUCAAUGGCGUAGAGAGAGCAAACUCAGUCACAUGGAACCCACACAAGAUGAUGGGAGUGCCACUGCAGUGCUCAGCCAUCCUGGUCAGAGAGAAGGGAAUUCUGCAGGGCUGUAACUCCAUGUGCGCUGGUUACUUGUUCCAGCCUGAUAAACAGUACGAUGUGACGUAUGAUACGGGAGAUAAAGCCAUUCAGUGUGGCAGACACGUGGACAUCUUCAAAUUCUGGCUCAUGUGGAAGGCCAAGGGCACAGUGGGGUUUGAGCAGCAUGUGGACCGCUGUCUGGAGGUCUCUGAGUAUCUCUACAACAAAAUCAAGAAUCGUGAGGGUUACCAGAUGGUCUUCCAAGGAGAGCCCCAGCACACUAACGUGUGUUUCUGGUACAUUCCACUGAGUAUGAGGAACAUGCUGGAUGGAGAGGAAAGAAGGGAACGACUGCACAAGGUGGCGCCUAAGAUCAAAGCGAUGAUGAUGGAGUGCGGCACCACCAUGGUGGGCUACCAGCCACAGGGGGAUAAAGUCAACUUUUUCCGCAUGGUCAUCUCCAAUCACGCUGCCACCAAGUCAGACAUCGAUUUCCUCAUCGAGGAGAUCGAGAGACUCGGGCAAGACCUGUGAGCGCCCUUCUUCUGGAUGGACGCUGGUACUGCAGCUCUGUGUAACAUCUGACGAGUGUAAUCCUGUGCUGUGUCCCUGUUUAACGGUUUAAAUGUAGUUUUAAAGUGCACUAUAUCUAUAUGUAUCUCUAGUAUCGGUGAGAAAUUAAGGCCGGGUCUUCACUAACAAGCGUAAAUCUGAAAACACCAUUUAACGCCAAUUUAUUUUCUGACAUAAAACAUGCUGCUUUGCUACUCAGCCAAUAUACAAACCAGCCAAACAUGCAAAUAACUAAUAUGGGGGAAACAGAGGGUGAUAUUGCCACUACAGGCAACCUCCAGGGUUCAAUCAUGUGUUCUGUUCUCAUGGGUUUCCUCAUGGAUCUACAGUUUCCUCCCAGCUGGUAGGCAGGUCGCUGACACCAAAAACUGCCCAAGGGUUGGUUGGUUUUUUGAGAUAGCGCUCACUGUAGGUGACCACAGAAAAUCCAGUAAGUUCCAUCAUCACGAGGUUGUUGAGAUCACAUGACAAUCAAACGCCUCAUCGAGCCAAAAAGAGCGUAUUCAGAUUCACUCAUCUUGUUAAAUCCUGCUUUUCCAUGUCAGCAAUGCAUGAAUAAUUUGGCUCUGGGUUAACAGGAAGUCUCUCGCAAGUUCUCUUAGUUACUCAACUCUGGGUGUUCAGAAAGCUCCUAAACGUCCAAGAUCCAGGCAACACACAAGUGUUUUGAAACCUCACAUAAAGUAAACAUAAAUGCAAUAAGUUCCAUCUUCAUAGAUUUGGUGGAGAUCAUGUGACAAAUCCUGAGUUUUUAAACGCCUCAUCAAGCCCAAAAGAGUAUUUUCAGGUUCAUCCAUUUUGAUGACUCGGGUGUUUCUCAGUCAUGUGUAUAGUUUUCUGUUCUUACAGUAUAAAAUCCCUAAAAUUCUGGGAUUAUUAGUCUGGGUCUUCGGAAAGCUCCUCCAACUGGUCAAUGCAAGAAUGAGUCAAAACUCAUGAAAUUUUAAGAACAGGAAUGUUUUCUUAUUUUUAACAAUUCUCCUCCAUUCUAAGUUGAGUUGAAAGUCUUGAAUGUUUAGAACACCCGUGUUGGUGAAGCCACUUGUGUCGCAUCUGGCCAUGCUUUCUUUCCAUUCGUUCAUUCAUUCUCUACCGCUUAUCCGAACUACCUCGGGUCACGGGGAGCCUGUGCCUCCUCCAUCUCAGGCGUCAUUGGGCAUCAAGGCAGGAUACACCCUGGACGGAGUGCCAACCCAU